CUUUCUUAAAAGUCGAGUCGGUUAAAUGUGAACAUCGCGGCUUAGACACACCUUCUCUUUCCGGGUUACUCUCCCUGCUCUCCACGCAAACCAUCGAGCACGAGGUAGAUAUUGUUAGAUACCCCUGGAACCACUCAGACAAUCCAACCAAACAAGUUAGAUCUGUAAACAGAUCUAUCUAGGUAUCUACGACAUGGCGGUUGACGAUCAACCCCAAAACGUGCCUGGUGAUGGCAAAAUAAGUUCCAAGACAUCUAGUGUUACAGAUACCCAUUUCACCAGCCAAGCAAGCUUAUUCGAGGAUCAAUCGCCGUUAGAUUCGCCAAUAGUUGGCGCAAGCCCCCCGCGCUCCGGACUCGCCUCCGGUCAAGAUCCUUCGUUGCUAAUACAAAAACCUGGAGCACAAUCCCCAAUACCGGACGAGGCAUGGACAAGUAGUGACGAAAAAGAAGGUGCCGGAAGAUGUGAUGAGGAAGGUGAAGGUGAAGACGGGUUCAACAAUGGGGAUAGGAGGGAAAAGACUCAAAGCCGAGACCUUGCCCGAACCGAAACCAAUGUGUCCAUCGCGGAGACGCUUUCCUUACCUCGGGAGAUCUUGUUCGUAACGAUAAUAUGCUUUGGGCAACUGUUUACACAAUCCGGACUCGGUCAAGUUGUCAGUAUCAACCAGUCUAUCGGCGAGAGCUUCGGCAUCACGAACCCCGGCGAGUUAAGUUGGUUCGUCGCUGGUUAUAGCUUGACAAUAGGUACUUUCAUAUUGUUUUCUGGCAGGCUUGGCGACUUGUUCGGCCAUAAGACCAUGUUCCUAAUCGGAAUGUGUUGGUAUUCGCUCUGGAGUACUAUCUGCGGUCUCGCCAUCUACUCUAACCAUGUCCUCUUCAUCUUCGCUCGUGUAUUACAGGGAAUUGGCCCCGCUAUUGUCCUACCGAAUGGUCUCGCGAUUCUUGGCGUUACGUACGCCCCCGGUCGACGUAAGGAGAUGGUAUUCGCCCUAUUCGGCGCGACAGCUCCGUCCGGCUCGGUUCUUGGUUCGACAUUCGCUGCGCUUUUCAACCUCACGUGGUGGCCGUGGGCUUUCUGGGCUUUUGGAAUCGUACUCGCAGGGACCGUGGUCGUGGGAUACUAUGCCAUUCCGGCAGCCUCGAAUAGGCAUCAUCAUGAGAAACCCCAAGGCCUGAAGGAAUGGAUACAAGCACUCGAUAUUGUGGGGACGACUCUCGGUGUUGGUGGCUUAGUUCUAGUCAACUUCGCAUGGAAUCAGGCACCUAUCGUGGGUUGGCCCGAGCCAUACGUCUACGUGACGCUUAUCAUUGGAAGUCUUCUACUAGCCGCGUUUUUCGUAUUCGAAUUAAACUACGCGCAGCAACCCCUAAUACCUUUUCACGCCCUUUCCUACGAAGUAUCAUUUGUCCUGGGCGCCGUAGCUUGUGGCUGGGCCUGUUUUGGCAUAUGGUUCUACUACACUUGGCAGUUCCAACUUGUCCUGAAGCACGCCCCUCCACUUCUGGCCACAGCGAGGAUUUCACCGGUCGCAGUAUCGGGGCUUUUCGCGGCCCUUUUCACCGGCUACAUGUUACACCACCUUAAGCCACCCAUCAUUAUGACAAUGGCUCUGUCAUUUUUCACAAUAGGAAUGAUCCUUCUCGCCACUUGCCCGGUUGACCAAGUUUAUUGGGGCCAAUAUUUUGUCUCGACAAUUGUUAUGCCUUGGGGUAUGGAUAUGAGUUUCCCGGCGGCGACACUUAUCCUCUCCAACGCUGUGCACCGAAAACACCAGGGUAUCGGCGCAAGCUUAGUUAAUACAGUAGUCAACUACAGCAUCUCCCUCGGACUAGGUUUCGCCGGUACGGUCGAGACGCAAGUCAACAAAGGCGGAACCACCCAGGAAGAUAUUCUGAAGGGAUAUCGGGGCGCGUAUUAUAUGGGCAUUGGCCUGGCGGGGCUAGGUGUAGCCGUGUGUCUUGCCUUCGUCGCUAAGAGUAGGAAACACAAACGCAUCAAUACCGAAGAAGAGGGUUAAUAGCUGGUUUUUUAUACAAGCACUUCGUCCGUCAAUUUGCCCUUUUAAAAUUAAUUAAUCUCGUGGGUUGAUAUAUGUCAACCACACCAAAACACUGGAGUACCUCGGUACUUAUUACUCUUGAUGAAGGGGGCAUCUCUACUUAUCGUAAAUAGACAGGAGGGAAUUUCUACGAUACCAGCAAUAACGAAUGAACAUCGGACGAUCACCUUUUAGACGGAUACCAACAUAUUUAAUUUAAUAGAAAGGUUACGGGAAGGGGAAAAUGGAAUGGACACGCUUAGUGGAUGGGAUUUCAAGUAAUAGAAAUUCACUUAUGGUAAUAAUUCAUGCUGCUAGAUU